AAUACGUUAGUACGAGAGUGGGUUGUGUCAAACGUACAACUUUCCUUUAGGCUUCAACUUCUCAAGUUGACUACAGAUUGGUUAGUAAUGAGUAAACCGAUAGUAACAGUGAAACAAGGCCAAUUACAGGGUGUGAGAGUGAAAAGUGUCCUAGGAUCAUCUUACAUCGCUUUUAGGGGAAUUCCUUUCGCUCUACCUCCCGUUGGCAACCUCAGAUUCAAGGAUCCACAACCACUACCACCAUGGACCGGAAUAAAACAGGCUACCGACAGCGAAGGAUAUUUUUGUCCACAAUUAUUAGACAUCCAGCCUUUCGGAAUAGUAUGCAACGAAGAUUGCCUCUAUUUAAAUGUCUACACAAAUUCCUUCACACAAUCGAAGCCAGUUAUGUUCUAUAUUCAUGGAGGUUCAUUCCUAGUCGGCAGUUCGUCUUUCCAGCGUUACAGAGCUGAUUAUUUGCUCCCGAAGGAUGUGGUGGUUGUCACAACCAACUACAGACUCGGUGCAUUCGGCUUUUUAAAUUUGGGUCAUCGAGAUGCAGCAGGAAAUCAAGGUUUGAAAGAUGUAAUCGCAGCUUUGGAAUGGGUACAAGAAAAUAUUAGCAACUUUGGUGGAAAUCCAAAGAAUGUCACUGUUUUCGGCGCUAGCGCUGGGGCAGUUCUGAGCCAUGCUUUACUGGUAUCACCACGCGCGAGAGGGUUAUUUCAUAAAAUGAUUAUACAAAGUGGAACACUGAACUGUACUUGGAACUCAAGUCAAAGUGAAUCUAGUUUUUGUUUCAAACUCGCCUCGUUUCUUGGAAAUGAUUCCACGGAUCCUGUAGAAACUUUGAAAUUUUUACGAACGGUAUCGGCCAAAGACAUCGUGAGGGCUCAAGUUCGCAUUAUGAAAACAGAGAAAUUAAGAUUUCUAGGUCCUUCCUUUGGGCCCAUUUGCGAUGAAAUAGCGGAAAAUCCUGUUUUACCAGAACCGAUAGAACAAUUAAUUAUGAAACCUGCAGACGUUCCUCUGAUAAUCAGUCACACAGCGCGCGAGAGCCUUAUGUUCGUCGCAGAUACGUCUGUAAACGCAAUAAAAGCUUUCAAUGCGUUACUACGUGAACAUAUAGGAUAUAUGGCAAAACUGAAAAAUUUAAACAGUGAGGAAAUUGAAAAAUUAGUCCUCAAGGUGGAGGACUGGUAUUUCAGUGGAGGACCGGUCACUAAAGAAAACCUAGACAAGUAUUUAGAUUUAAUAACUGAUACUUAUUUCAGCAUCCCUGCAAGGAUAAUAUUUGAUAAUCAAAUAAAAUGUACAAAUUCACCUAAAUACUUUUGUGUAUAUUCAUACAUUGGGAAGGAAAGAACUCUUACGGAUGUUUUAGGACAGCGUAUUAUGCCUGGAGCGUCGCACGUAGAUGAUGUCGCGUAUUUGUUUUAUCAACCUUUUUGUAAAACUAAAGAUCCCAAUCCACCAGCGGUUGGAACAAAAGACCGGAUUACGAUUGAACGAAUGACUAGAAUGUGGACUAACUUUGCUAAAACAGGGGAUCCUACUGUAGAAGAAGAUGAGUUCAUAUGGAACAUCACGUGGAAACCUGCAACGAAGGAUGAUCUCUGUUAUUUGAAAAUUGGUGAUGAAUUACAAUUAUUACCUAUUGAAGACCAUAUACUUUCCUCUAUAUAGUCCUUGCUUUUUAUU